AUGAGAAAAACCAACAUGUGGCUCUUGGAGCGGCUUCGGGGCUCUGGCGAAAACGGAGCCUCCAGGGGCGAGGCGAGUGACAAGGCCUCCAAAGGGGCCCUGUACAGCAACGUGCUCACCCCUGACAAGAUUCCCGACUUCUUUAUCCCCCCGAAGCUGCCCGCGGGCCCCGCCGAGACCGAGGCCCCGGCGGAGCUGGGCGCGUCCGCGUCCGAGCAGAACCUGGCGGCAGCCGCGCCCCGCCGCACCCCCCGCAGCCCGCGGCUCCCGGCCAAGCUGGCGGCCGAGAGCAGGAGCCUCUUGAAGGCGGCCACGCGUCACGUCAUCCAGAUCGAGAGCGCCGACGACGCGCCAGUGGAGGAGGCAGCCGCGGGCACCGAACCCCUGGCCCAGGGUGCAAUGUCCCUGCCCUCCGUGCCCAAGGCGCAGACGUCCUACGGCUUCGCUACGCUGGCCGAGAGUCCGCACACGCGUCGCAAGGAGUCCCUUUUCCACAGCGAGCACGGGGCACUGGCCCAGGUAACUUCGCCUGGUUCUGCGCGCCGCCGGCCCGCCGCCAAGGCCAACGAGGGCAACGGCUCGGCCAGAGAGGCCGGCGGAGCCCUUAUGAGCCCCGGGCGCUACUUUAGCGGCGGGGAGAGUGACACGGGGUCCUCGGCUGAGUCCUCCCCGUUCGGGUCCCCGCUGCUGUCCCGCUCCGUGUCGCUGCUCAAGGGCUUCGCCCAGGACAGUCAGGCCAAGGUGAGCCAGCUGAAGCACUCCGUGGGCCGCCACGGCUCCCUGUCUGCCGACGACAGCACGCCUGACACCAGCCCUGGGGCGCGGCGCCGCCUGAACCGUCGCGCUGCCACCCCGGAGCCCGGGCCGGAGCCGCCGCGCGCCGAGCACGCCGUGCGUCUGGGCCAGCGGGGCAGCGUGCGGCUACUGGCCGAGUACGAGGCGGCCCAGGCCCGGCUGCGAGUGAGGCUUCUGGCGGCGGAGGGCCUCUACGACCGCCUGUGCGAUGCUCGCAGCAUCAACUGCUGCGUGGGGCUGUGCCUGGUGCCCGGCAAGCUGCAGAAGCAACGCAGCACCAUCAUCAAGAACAGCCGCCACCCCAUCUUCAACGAGGACUUCUUCUUCGACGGUCUGGGCCCAGCCAGCGUCCGCAAGCUGGCGCUCAGGAUCAAGGUGGUCAACAAGGGCAGCAGCCUCAAGCGGGACACUCUGCUUGGCGAGAAGGAGCUGCCCUUGACCGCCCUGCUCCCCUUCUUGUAA